AUGGAGGCUCGGCCAUCCAAGAUGGCGUCGACUGACCCGGACAGGACCGGGGAGGAAACUGAGGACGGCAGCCAUUUUGUGUUGGCGACGGUGGGACAGGAUUGGCUGGCCGAGGUAGUGAAGGCGAGGUGUCUGACACGGUGCUGUGUCGUACGGCUGGAGAGAGUGCACAAACUGCACGGCAACACCAAGACCAGCCUGACCAGUAAUCGACCACACAGCGAGACCAGCCUGACCGUAACUCGACCACACAGCGAGACCAGCCUGACCGUGAACUCGACCCCACAGAGAGACCAGCCUGACUGUAACUCGACCCCACAGAGAGACCAGCCUGACCGUAACUCGACCACACAGCGAGACCAGCCUGACCGUAACUCGACCACACAGCGAGACCAGCCUCACUGUAACUCGACCCCACAGAGAGACCAGCCUGACCGUAACCCGACCCCACAGAGAGACCAGCCUGACCGUAACUCGACCCCACAGAGAGACCAGCCUGACUGUAACUCGACCCCACAGCGAGACCAGCCUGACCGUAACUCGACCCCACAGAGAGACCAGCCUGACCGUAACUCGACCCCACAGCGAGACCAGCCUGACCGUAACUCGACCACACAGAGAGACCAGCCUGACCGUAACUCGACCCCACAGCGAGACCAGCCUGACCGUAACUCGACCCACAGAGAGACCAGCCUGACCGAAACCCGACCCCACAGAGAGACCAGCCUGACCGUAACUCGACCCCACAGAGAGACCAGCCUGACCGUAACUCGACCACACAGAGAGACCAGCCUGACCGUAACUCGACCACACAGAGAGACCAGCCUGACCGUAACUCAACCACACAGUCUCGUCCCUAAAGACCACGUUCCCAGGGACAGUCUCGUCCCUAAAGACCACGUUCCCAAGGACAGUCUCGUCCCUAAAGACCACGUUCCCAAGGACAGUCUCGUCCCUAAAGACCACGUUCCCAAGGACAGUCUCGUCCCUAAAGACCACGUUCCCAAGGACAGUCUCGUCCCUAAAGACCACGUUCCCAAGGACAGUCUCGUCCCUAAAGACCACGUUCCCAAGGACAGUCUCGUCCCUAAAGACCACGUUCCCAGGGACAGUCUCGUCCCUAUAGAGCACGUUCCCAAGGACAAAGACAGUCUCGUUCCUAAAGAGCAAGUUCCCAGGGACAGUCUCGUCCCUAAAGACCACGUUCCCAAGGACAGUCUCGUCCCUAAAGACCACGUUCCCAAGGACAGUCUCGUCCCUAAAGACCACGUUCCCAGGGACAGUCUCGUCCCUAUAGAGCACGUUCCCAAGGACAAAGACAGUCUCGUUCCUAAAGAGCAAGUUCCCAGGGACAGUCUCGUCCCUAAAGACCACGUUCCCAAGGACAAAGACAGUCUCGUUCCUAAAGAGCAAGUUCCCAGGGACAGUCUCGUCCCUAAAGACCACGUUCCCAGGGACAGUCUCGUCCCUAUAGAGCACGUUCCCAAGGACAGUCUCGUCCCUAUAGAGCACGUUCCCAAGGACAGUCUCGUCCCUAUAGACCACGAGCAAGUUCCCAGGGACCACCACAGAAGGAAGGUGGGAGGAGCUCCUAAAGAGGGGAGGAGCGUGUCUCGGCAGGGGCCCGCCACCAGUAGGAAGGUGGGAGGAGCUCCUAAAGAGGGGAGGAGCGUGUCUCGGCAGGGGCCCGCCACCAGUAGGAAGGUGUGUGUGAGCGGUAUGAGUGUGAGCCGCUGGGGAAGGAGAGACGGGGCUCCCAACAGCAGAGCAGCACCUCCUCCUGGCCGGGCUGGGGACUGCAGCAUUACUGAACUGCUGUCUGCUCAACACACACAUGGGGUAUCCAGUCUAUCAGACAGUAUAGUAUUGGGGACUCCAGUUCGUGGUAACAGACUCCACCUGUCCUCUCUGCUGGUCAACCUCACUCCUGAGACUUACACCUGGAGUCGCCUCAAAGCUGCCCUCUCCCUACACAGGAAGACCAAAGCGUUCCUGACUCCGAAGAGGCCUCUCUACCUGCUGUCCUCUCCUGGGGCGGAGCUAGGGGCGGAGCUAGGGUGGGGCUAGGGGCGGAGCUAGGUGAUGUCAGUCAAAAACUGUUCUCCACACCCCGCUGCACGCCCCGCCCACCAAACCUCCGCUCAACGAUACGGGGGAGCACUCCUCUGAGUGUGUAUUCGUUAGACGGAGAGCUGUCUGAUGACCAGAAGGUGUUUUCGGAGUGUAACCAGACAGGACCUCUGGGCUUCCAGGACUGUCUCCCAGCAGCCAGGAUGAAGCUGUGUAGGAAGGUAGGAGAGGGGACCUUCGGAG